GGCCCGGUCGGACGGCUGUCAGUCAGCCGAAGGUCCGCGGCGGUGGCGGAUGUGUCACGGGUGUGUUUCCCUGCCGCGUUGGAAAACGCACGUGACUCGCGCGAAGGGCGGAAGAGACUUUUACGUAUACUUCGUGCUACACGAGCGGCAUUAUGGGAAGAAUAUCCUGUCAAGAGGUAACAUCAGGAACGCAAUUUUCUUCGGAAAGCAUUUGGCGAUGUGCAAUACCAGGAUUGUGUGCCACGCCGCUUUGUUGCUGCUCGCAUCGGCAACCUAUACGGAUUCGACAAAAUGCUCCCGGAUCAUAGAAGGCACCACCGGGCCGCGCUCCAGCGCCGAGGGCAAAUAUCACUUUUUCCUGACGCUUUUCAACCGAACCGACGUUGUGAACAACUAUAUGCCGAACACCCGAUACAGCGUGGUCCUGCAGACCGACAGUACCGAACAGAUGCGCCGGAAGUUCACGAGAUUUCUCAUAUCUGCCGAGCCCAAGAACGCAAACGAGACGGCCGAUGUCGGCGUUUUCGAUCUUGAGGACGAUACGAUGACCAAGUUCGCGGAUAAUUGCGCGAACGCCGUCGUGGAGACAAGCAAUUUGCAGAAGGAAGAGAUAUCUGUUAUAUGGACCAGCCCUGCCGAAGGUAGCGGUUGCAUCCUUCUCAGAGCGACAGUGCUAGAGACGAUAGAUACAUGGUACAUGGAUGAUGAAAAUUUGAAACUCGAACCAUGCCAGGACUCAAAAGCGGAAGCCGACGAUCAGGGCCCGGUUCUUGCAGAAUGCUGUGCCUGCGACGAGGCAAAAUUUGAAGUCACGUUCGAAGGCCUGUGGUCUAGAAAUACACAUCCAAAAGAUUUCCCUAGCAAGGGCUGGCUGAUCCGAUUUUCAGACGUGAUCGGCGCGUCGCACACAGGCGAUUACCGAUUCUGGCAUUACAACGGAAAUGCUAGCGAAGGAUUGCGACAGGUGGCUGAAUUCGGUGCGACGCGGAAGUUGGAGUCCGAGUUAAAGGAUCGAAGCGAACACAUCAGGACUAUAAUAAAGGCAAGAGGAAUCAGUUAUCCGAAUGUUACUGGCAGGACCUUUGCUGUGUUUCGAGUGGACAAAAAGCACCAUUUAAUGUCCUUAGUAUCUAUGAUCUUCCCUUCGCCGGAUUGGUUCGUAGGUGUUUCCGGUCUUGAACUUUGUCUGCCUAAUUGUACCUGGGUAGAACACAAACAAUUAAAUUUGUAUCCUUAUGAUGCGGGAACCGACAAUGGGAUUUCAUACAUGUCAAAUGAUUCACGAACGGACCCGCAAGAGCCGAUACGACGUAUCACGUCGACGGAUCCGAACAAUUCGAGCUCGCCUUUUUACGAUCCGUCUGGUCUGGACAUGAAACCCCUCGCGAAGCUCUACCUCAACAGGCAGAGGUUGUACGAGAAGACCUGCGACGACGCCGGCGAUACGCUGACUGAUGCAGAAGCCUGUAGAGUCACGAGUUGGGGCAAAUGGGCUCCAUGUUCGGUUACCUGCGGUAAAGGCAGUCAGUUGAGACAACGUGAUUAUCGCGACAAAGCUGCAUCAUAUGCGAACAAAUGUAGCACGCCUCUCUCAGGUCGAAAACCCUGCUUCAACGCGGAGAAUCCGUAUUGCCUCAAUAACGGUGGUCAUGGCGCAACAUGGGACGACAAAAUGUGCGACAUGACUCCGUGGAGUCCGUGGAGUGAAUGCUCAUCCACCUGCGGCGAGGGUAGCAAGACCCGUUACAGGAACUUCCGGCAGAAGAGGUAUCGAAAACAUUGUAGGGCUGUGCCGCACGGGCCGCUGCUCCAGCAGACGAUCAAUUGCGGGAACAAGCCUUGCGAGGGCGAGGACACUACGGAGGAGGUAAGGCUACGACUGAAUCAUUUCGACAACGAUGACAUGGACGAGGAUUAUCCCAAUGACGACGAGCUCGGGCAGGAGUGGCUGCAGGCAUGUCCUGCAGACCGCUUCUUAGAAUGGUCCAUGUGGUCGCCGUGCAGUGUCUCCUGCGGGUCCGGCAUCCAGGUGAGAUCCAGGCAAUUGUUGGAUAAGGACGACUUGGAUAAGGACGACGACAACUUGGAUAAGGAGAAGUGCAAGAUGCAGAUAGUGCCGUGCACGUCCCAAAUUUCAUGCAAUUACACGAGGCAGGAAGCAGAAAAGAUUUGUAACGAACCCAAGAAGGAGGGAAAUUGUACUCACAAUCAGAAUAUUAACCAACGAGCCUACUUCGACAAAAAGUCCGGCAAAUGUCUUCCCUUUCUCUACAUCGGAUGCGGCGGCAAUCGAAAUAAUUUCCCGACCGUGCAAGAUUGUCAAAAAGUCUGCAUUAAUUUUCAUGGAGAAUUGAGGGCGAAUCUGUCGACAAUCAUGAAAAACUUGAAGGUGUCUCUUAGCAGCGUCCUCAGCUAUCAUAUUCCCGUUCAACAACAACGCACCUCGAAAGCGAAGAGAGCGCAACACGGAGAGAAGAAUUUUAAUGCUCAACCGAGCAGUCAGAUAAUAGAAUGGGAUGAGAAUGGUAAAGUGGACUGCCAGGUCUCCGAAUGGAGUAAAUGGUCUCGUUGUGAGAACUGUCAUGGAUUUACUACAAGCACCAGGGAAAUUAUGAUCCCAGCCCAGAAUGGAGGUAAAAGAUGUCCAAAAAUUUACCGAAAAAAGAAGUGCCGCAAGGUUCCCCCGUGUUCUCUACAGGGUGAUGGAACAGGUCGACGGUUUCAUCGGGACAAAAAUACUUCGAAAAUCGAUGCCGAGAUUACAGUGGAUUGCAAAGUGACACCGUGGUCAAGGUGGUCGAGAUGUAGUGCGACCUGCGGUGAGAGUCUACGAACCAGAGUCAGAAGUGUGAUGGUGAAGCCGAAAGGAGCCUGGGCCAAGCUCUGUCCGACCUUGGUGGAAUUCAAGAACUGCCACAAGGUGGACUGUCCGCAAUAGACGGGCGAACGUAACGUUUCCGCAAUCUCUUGUCUAGCUAAUCGAUAAGCGAUUUGCGCAGCGGUGCGAAUUUAUAUGAUUAGACUGAUUAAACGAGACACUCCCUCUUACAAGAUAUGUCACGCGAUUGAAAUCUCGAGACGCGUUUAGGAGGAGUAGAGAAAAUUAUAUCGAUGGAUAAGAAUAACACUGGACGACAGCAAUUUUGUCGAACGUUUUCAACACGAGCGGAUGUUCGCCGUUUCACUAGCGAAGAUAGAGUUAACGAGAUAAAAAUCAGGGAGGCAGCGAAUGAAACGAGUAAUUCAUUUGAAUUUCUGGAUUUUCAUUAUCGAAAUCAAUAAGGGUAAAUAUUUCUUCAGAGAAACAGAAAAAGAAUUAUUUAGGUGUGAUUGUAUAAGAGUAGGAAAACUGGUUUCUCUCCAUUUUGUGAUAUAUACACGUAUAUCUACACAAUUUGAAUCAAUCAGAUAUAGUACUUAAGACGCGUUGCACAAUUCUGAUUAUUUUUUUAUAGAAAAUAGAAGUUCAUGUGAUGUUCUUCUGUAAUGGCUAUAUAAUGAAAGGGAUUUUUCAAUGAAAGGGAUUGCUUCUCUUUACGUUCAUGUCCAUUCUCUGUCCUCCAGUGUAAUUUAUCACGCACAGGGAAAUUGUACCACGCGUCGUUUCGCGACGGUCGUGUCGUGUUGAAUUACUUCAUCUUUAUACUUCAGGAAAUCUCAUAUAACUAUUUAUCUCAAAGCCGUAAAUACGUGAAGUUUCUUUCCCCAACAUGAUAUUAAGUUAAGGCAAACUGGAUUUGCAUUCCACUAUGUCAGUUGUGUUUAGAAAAGAGGUAAUUUAGAAUUUUUACAAUUAUCGUACUCGUAUAAUAAAAUAAUGUUCGAAUAGUCGUAUAGUUUUUCGCGAAAGGCGAAGACAAAUCAUUUGAUGUCUGUCUAACGAUAGUGAAAGGAUAAAAUUAGAAUCGCGACAUAAUAAUAUUAACAUUAAGUAAAUCCCCCUUCCCUUUCUAGCGCGGGUAAUAAAUCGCGAAGACCACUCGUAAAGUAACAGCAUUUAUUUAUAAUACCGCGUAUCGUGUCACAUUUGUAGCAUUUAUCACGUAUUACAGAUCUCAUUGUAAGACCAAAGUUUGUAAUAACAGCUUCAGUUUGAAAACUGAGAACCACGAUAUUUUAAAAUACUAUAUUGUAAAAUGCGACGUAGACAUAUCAGUAGCUCGAUAGUCAGUAAGCCGUUUGUUUGACGUGUAACGGGAAGUUUUAUUAACACGGAAUUCUCUCUCUUCAUUGACAAUAACGAAAUCGUAGGUAUGGUACAAAAAAAGAUAUUUACCUGUUAUUCUUUUGUAAAGUUAUAAUAUAUUCAAAAUAAAUAUAAUAUAAUCACUGAAAA